AUGCAACUGUUUUUAUUCAUAAUUUUUCUUAGUAUAUCAAUUAUUCAAACACUUGAUUAUGAUAUUGAUAAUCAACAAACAUGUACACAUAAACCAUUUCUAGUUAAUUUUCAACAUAAUUGUUCUCGUACACGAUUGAUUCAAGAUGUUAAUAUUCCUAAUAAUGAUCAAAUUUUACAUAUAUCAAUUAUUUUGAAAUCAUCAUUAAUUAAUAGAACAUUAUUAAAUAUUAUUAAAUCAUUAAAAUAUAAACAAAAAAUUUAUUUGACAUUUUUUACAAUAUUUAAACAAUUUAUUUCUAUAAAUAAUAAAACAAUAAUACAAUUAAAUGAAACAACAAUAAGUUCAUAUUUAUAUGAUACAUUCUCGGAAGAAUUUAUUCAAUGGACUAAUUCAAUAUCUAUUCCAUUAAUAUCUUAUUUUUCCAAUCCUUAUUGUAUAUUAAAAGAAAAACGUUUUCUUCCAUUAGAAAAAAUUUCUCGUAUUUAUUAUUUAUAUACAAAUGAAACAAAUCUUAAUAUAGAUUUAUCAAUGUCAAGUUAUCAGAUUUCACCAUUAUUUAUUCAUUUUAAUACAUGUUUUUCUAUAGAAACACGUCUUACAACACUUGCAAUAGUACUUAUUGUUAUUAUUAGUGUUUUAGGUUUUAUUACAACAGUUCUUAUUAUUAUCUGUCUAAAGAAACAACUCAUUCAAUUGUAUCAUAUUGUAGAGAAUUGGAUACGUCAAAAACGUGGUUUGAUACCUUCGAUUACUAUUCAUGGUAAACCUUCAUCAUGA